UACUCCCAUCGGUAACAGCGUGUUAGUUGUGCGUCGCGCUUACAGACUUAAUGUCAGUUGCAGAAACACUUCAUGUCUAUUUAAUAAACACUUAUGGUAAUCACGUUAUUAACAUCAAAUUAAAUCGUUAAGAGUUAUUCUCUGGGUUUACUUUGCACGAAUAAUUAGCUCAUUGUGUAACGUUAAAAAAUAUUUAAAUCAUGUUUAAUAAAUACUACGGCUCGACUUCGGAAAGCAGCGACAGCGAUGUACCACCUGCUGACAAGUUAGUGAAGACUAUGGAUCUCAAUUAUCUGAUGUUGGACUCUCAUUCCAUCCAGAAACAUCUCGAAGACGUGUGUGUUCAUAGCCGACCUGAAACUAUUGAUACGAUUUUAUUAAAUCAUAAUACGAUAGUUGCUUUACCACAGAUCAUUGAUCGCUUUCAGCAUUUACGUGUUUUGGACAUAAGUAACAACCGGAUAACUUCUAUACCUGAAUUUAUAGUCCGGUUGCCACUUCAUACGCUUAUAGCCAAGAACAAUCUGAUUGAUGACGAAGGCAUCCCAAAAACGUUUGAAUCGCAACUUAAAGUUCUAAACAUUAGUGGUAACCGUCUGAUCCACUUCCCUGAUCAAAUAUUAAUGAUUUCUUCCCUCGAAUACUUAUAUAUGGGUAGCAACCACUUGGUUGAAAUUCCGAAGGACAUUGAUAGAUUAAUAAGACUGAAAUUCUUAUGUUUGGGAGGAAAUAAUUUAUCAGACGUUCCAGUAACUUUAGGGCAACUAGACAAUAUGAAAGCUUUAAAUUUGAGUCAUAAUUCACUGGAAAGUCUACCACAAUCUAUUGCUAAUCUUAAGAAUCUCAAAUCAUUAAUGUUACACAAAAAUCGACUUCGCACUCUGCCUGUAGAAAUUGUAUCAUUGAAGUGCCUCUCAGAGUUAAGCUUAAGAGAUAAUCCAUUGGUGGUGAGAUUUGUCAGUGACAUGACACAUAAUCCUCCUACGUUGCUAGAACUUUCUGCAAGAAUAAUAAAAAUAAACAACGUACCGUAUGGUGAACGAGAUUUACCUCACAGCUUAAUCGAAUAUUUAAGCAGUGCCCAUCACUGUGUAAAUCCAAAAUGUAAAGGUGUAUUUUUUGACGAUCGAGUAGAGCAUAUAAAAUUUGUCGAUUUUUGUGGAAAGUACAGAAUUCCAUUGCUGCAAUAUUUAUGUUCAUCAAAAUGCAUUGUUAAUAACAGUAAUGUAUGUGAUGAUAGUACUGAUAGCAAAAUGAUGAGAAAAGUAUUGCUUGGAUAAUAUUAAAUUGCUAUGUCUGAAUAUUAUUUGUUCAAUCUUAAAUAUUGGGUUUUAUUAUUUUAUUUUUAUAAAUGACAGUAAUUCUAUGCAAUUUUAUGUAUGUGUGAGAUUACAGUUUUCAAAAGAAAAAAAUUUUAACUUAUUAAAUUCAUAAAAAUUACAUAUGUCACAUAUAUUUGUUAUUAUUUUAAAAAUGAAAGUAUGCUUAGAAAUAUAAAAUCAAGUAUUAUUCUAUAUUUUUUUUUUUUGGUAGAUAUUAAAAAUUAUAAAUAUUUAGUCGAACAACAAGAACAU